AGGACUCGUUAAAAAGGGCUUCUGCUAUGUUUGGCACAGGAGGGGUGGGGAUAACCACUUCUUCUGCGGAAUCGCUAUCAAGAGAUUUCGGAAGCAUAAUUUUUAACCCAGGGGCUGCUAGUGAUCACAUGUCCUGGCGUCCCGUUCUUAUAUGUUCAAAAACGAACCAUUUAAUUAAUCUAUCUAAAGUUCCUUCUGCAGUCAUGAAUGCAAUCGAGAAUAUAUGUUGAUCUACUCGGACAACUUUCAGUGAUUCCCAUGUUAAGCAGGUGUGAGAUCGAAUGGCUAUGUGAUGUCUUAAAUUCUUAAAAAACUGGCAACUUUAUGUUAAUUUACACAUGUCCAUCGGUUGGGGUUAGGACCGACGUUUAUGACCGUUGAAGCUAUAACACCAAGUAUUCAAAAUGUCAAACAAUUCAAAUACAACGCUUCACACAGUACUUCACCACAACACAAGCCGAAUAGACACAGUCCACGAGCUACAUCUUAAUAAAGAACACAUAUACAAACAGACGGUGCCACUACAUGUGAAUUAAGCGGUACUCUCUAUUCAAUAAAUAUACUUUAGUCAUUUAAAUGAGUUGAUAGUUGAUUUUUUUCGCGGUUUACAAGAGCGUGAUAAACAAGGCGAGCGCUGUUCUGCAGGAAGUCAAGCUUACAUCUGCCGAAGUGCGCAUGCGCGUCAUCUCUCCUCAAUCUAGGGCUGCGUUUCUCUCCAUAAAAACGAUGAACAAACUCCUGGAUAGCUGUUGUAUGAAAGCAGCCCCCCUCUGUAAUCUACUCUGAGUGUGAUGGCGACCACCGACGAGGUCACGGUGUCCAUAGCGGAGGUGGUGAUGGUGAAGGCCGACGGCGAAGGAGACCCUGAUGACCCUAAUAGGACUCAGGUCAUCCUCCAGCUCCAGCCAAUCGCCACCAGGGAUGAAUCUGCUGAAACAGACGCAGCCGUCAUGACUGUCGAAUCACAUUCAGAACAAGUUGAUGGAGAUGAUGUUGAAAUUGGCUGUCCCAUAACAUGUGGCGACAGUAAAGCUGUGCUGCUAGUGAAGAAAUUUGUUUGCCCGGGAAUCAAUGUGAAAUGUGUGAAGUAUGAAGACCAGCUGAUCAGCCCGAAGCAGUUUGUGCACAUUUCUGGAAAAGCCACUCUGAAAGACUGGAAGAGAGCCAUCAGAAUGGGGGGAAUUAUGCUGAGAAAGAUGAUGGAUUCCGGUCAGCUGGACUUCUACCAGCACAGCACACUGUGCACCAACACGUGCCGCAGCACCAAGUUUGACCUUUUAAUCAACAACACGCGGUUCCCUCCUGACGGCUCUGGACUUACCACGCCCACAUCCUCUCAAGCUCAGGUGGUCCUGGGUAAUGGCGGUACAGUGGGCGAGGACAGAGCAGAGGUUCUGAGCGGGAAGAUGGACUGGAUUUCAAGCUCGCUGGAGGCUGCAGAGAAGAAGGAAACGAACGAGAUCUCAGAGGACACGCUGAACUUCUGGAAGGGCAUCGCUGAUGUGGGUUUGUUGGGGGAAGUGGUGACCAACAUCAGUACAGAGCUGGUGGAGCUGCUGAACGGCGUGCAGCAGCGCAGGGAGCCCGCUGGCAUACAGGACACAGAUUCCUGUCUGGUAGAGGUGGCGGUGCUCAGCAACCUCGCCCAGGUGUUCGGCCUGCUCGACUCCGUCAAGAAUACGCUGGAGAGGAGGAGGCAGCAGACGGACCCCAGCCAGGAGCAAGUCCUCAGCACGCUCACCAACCUGGAGGUGCAGUUGGAAGAACAGCAGAAGCAGCAGCAGGUGCGAGCUCUCCUUUCCUACCCGCAGCCUGCCAAAAACAAAACUCCCACCAAGCGCCCGACCAAACGACCUCGUCUCCAGAGGCCCGCCUCCACAACCACCCUCCUGACCUCCCCCCUCAACCAGCAGGCCAUCAUGCAGCCCCAGCAGUUCACCGUUCUCUCCCCCAUCUCGCUGUCCUCUGUGGGUCAGCCCUUCACCAUGGCGGGCCUGCCCAUGGCCUCCCUGGGCCAGUCGUCCAACACGGUCACCCUGCUCCCCGCCGGCUCGCAGCUCUUCACCCGCUACAUGGUGACCGGAGACGGAAAGGCGGACACCAUCACCUUGCACCCGUCCUCGGGCCUCACGCUGGUGGGCACCACCACCAUGCAAGACUCCAGCCAUUUGGGCACGGUGGUGAGCCCCGUAGAGCUGCUGCACCUGAGCCAGCAGGCCGGCGGCUCAGAGAUGGUGCCCUUAGAAGGCCAGGUGGUGGACGGCACCAUGCUGGUGCAGCAGGAGGUGAUGCAGGGCGAGGUGGAGACCAGCCAGGAGCACACGGUCAUCGAGAUCAACCCGGCUCCGAUGGAGCAGGCAUUAGGAGCGAUGGAGCUGCAGCUGACCGGGGAGUCGGGCAGAGAUGGGGCCACCAUGAUGGUCCAGAGCGGGGUGGAGGUGACGAUGGCUGCAGGGGGGGAGGAGACGCAGUGCCAAAUGCAGGAGGUGCAGACUGGGGGGGUGCAGGGGCUGCAGUUGGACGCCAGCGGACAGUUGUCAGGUGUACAGAUAGUGGUGAUAGAAGAAAAUACUCAGGAAGAAAACAAGCUCCAAUGAGACACGCCUCCUAUUUUAUCCAGCAGAGCAGGUAUGGACUCGUACUGAGCUGUCACAGACUUGUGAAUCUGUAAAUACACAGAAUUUUCAAAAUACACAAUUUGCCUUGGCCUAAGACCAAGCUCUAGGGGUAGCCAUUUUUUUCCUUUUUUGGUGUGUGUGUGUGUGUGUGUGUGUGUGUGUGUGUGUGGGGGGGCGUGUACAAUGCUCCUCUCAACUUGUUUUUUAUUGCAACAAAGAGGCACCACCACAAAGAGCAUACUGCUUCUGUUUGAUAUGUAUUUAAAGUAUGAUUCUGGUUUAUUACAACUCAAUAUUUUUAAUUAUUGCUUUCAUUUCUAGCUGAAACAAUAAUGUACUCGUUAGAUACGUGGGAAUGUGUCUAUUUUUAAACAGAAGUGAGAUGGUGCAAACACAAGAUUCAGACCGAGUUAGCCAAAUUUGAUUUGUGGCUGUUGUGCUCCUAUUACUCUUCCUACCAACUAGCUAACAAGAAAUAAACAAUAGCUAAUAAUUGAGAGCUUAAAGAGGUGUACAGUGUUCUCAGCCUGAUGUCUAACCUUCAUUUUGGUCUCCCCUAUGUUGUCAAUAUAAAGACAAACAUUGGGAACCCCCUGGUUGAGUUCCCUAAGCUGUUGCCCUAUUUUACAACCUGUCUGGUCGUCCGACUGCUUCUGUUUCUUGCGACAUCUGAUGGCGCUGUGUUCCCACAUCUCAUCAAAUCCAACAACAAACAAUGGCUAAAACUUCAAAAAAAAAAAUACCUGAGUUGUAAUUUUCCCGGAAUUAUCCUUCGAGCCUCCACGAACAACCUGAAGACGAGAGAACGCUCUGUGGCAGUAAAGUCCACGUAUAGGGCUUUAAUGGUGCCGAUGAUUUUCCAGUUCACACUCUUGUUUCACCGACUCGGUAGCAGCGGGCCGCAAGUCCCGGCCCUCUGCUGUAGAUCAGACUUAUUACCAGUAACAGUGUUGGUGUCACUCGAGGCUGGGACUGAUUGCACUGUUGUGUCGUAAUGUCGCAUCCCAGCUGUAUUGUUUUUGCACUGCGUGACAUCCUUUAAGGGCUACAGGAGGAUGUUUGCAACAAUCCCUGCUCUCUGGACAUUUCUUUAGAAUGUGUUUUCUUUUUUUAUUUUAUGUUAAAUGCUAACCGACUGAACUCCUCUCACUGGAAACACAUCUCUUAUGCACUUAUUCUCUCAGUGGUUUCUUACUGCCUGAUUUCAUUCACAAGCUCCAUAUAAUAUGGAUUUUUUUCUUUAUUAUGAUCAUCCUUUUGGCUUUAUCUCAGUAUGAUUGAUAGUGUGAGCUACUGGGCUGAUUGUUUAAGUCAAUAUAUAAAAAAAAACAUA